AUGGCUAAUUCAGACGACGACGAUGAUGCCUUUCUCUAUGGCUCAGAUGAAGAAACAGAUGGACAUAUAUCAAAGAAGCAGAAACUAGCUGCGGAUACUGAAUUGGACCAAGAAGAGACCGAGCCCAAACAAGCACUGCCAAUUGCCGAACAGAAGGAAGCUGACGAAGAAGACGAUGACGAAGAGGACGAUGACGAAGAAGAGGAAGAUUCAGAAGAUGAUAUAGAUAUUAUAAUAGGGGAGACUGCUCCUAAAGUACUGAGUCUUGUUCCCGGCAACGACGUGAUAUCAGAAGUAGUUGAUACUGAUGCCGAGAAGGAUUCAGCCACUACAAUAAUUGUUUCCAAAGAUCAAUCAGAGUCCAAGAUUGACGUCAAUGCAGUGGCCGAUUACGAAGGAAAGCCAAUCACGUCAAUAGACUUGGAGACACUAAAGGAGAAACCAUGGCGAGCUCCAGGGGUGGAUAUAUCCGAUUAUUUCAAUUACGGGUUUGACGAAUUUACAUGGACAGCAUAUUGUCACAAGCAAGAUAGUACGAGAGGAGAAUUCAACCCUCAAAAGGUCAUGGCUGAUAUUAUGAAGGGCUCUGGUGGUGCUGGUCCUGGUGUUCCUCCACCUCCACCUGGUAUGCCACCAAUGGGUAUGUUACCUCCGGGAAUGCCACCUAUGGGAAUGAUGCCCCCGGGAAUGCAAAUGCCUCCAGGUAUGCAAAUGCCGCCUGGUAUGCCUAUGCCCCCAGCAGGUAUGCCUAUGCCCCCAGCAGGUAUGCCACCUAUGCCGAAUAUGCCUAAUUUCCAAUUUAAUAUGCCGCCACCACCACCUCCUCCUCCACCAAGGUGA